AUGUUUCCUCAUCAUCAUCAUGAUGGUGCAAAGCUUCACAUGCCACACUGUGAUCUCCUUGCAGAAAUAUCGAGCUCGGAGGAUUUCUCUGAACAACAACAACAACAUUCCAUAUUGAAAUUAAUUAAUUUUAAUGAAAAUCAUGAUGAUUUAAUGAAUUUAAAUUUUCAUAAAUUGAAAGACAAGAUGAGAAGUCGGAAAAGAGUGCCAAAAGCCUUUUCUCAACAGUUUAAAUGUGUUGGACUGAUUGGAGAGAAAAUAAUCACAAGACCCUACGACGUAAAAAUCAGUUACAAACUUGGAUACAUUAUUGUUAGCGACUAUGGUGCACAUCUGAUUCACAUGUUUGAUUUAAUUACAAAAGAAUUUAAAAGAUCUCUGAAAUCAGGUUAUCCAAUGUACUUGGAAAUUGAUGAAUAUCACGCACCGCACAGUGAUGCUUUGUUAGUUGCAUGUGAAAUAUUUCCUGCUCGAUGUGUCUACAAGUAUGAUGUAUUGACCUUAAUUUCAAAACAGUCCGAUGAUGAUUUUGUGGUAAACCCGAGUAACCAACUUGUUAUUGUCAAUAAGAAUUAUUUGUGGAAAACAAAGAAUCUUGGAUGGCCACAAGGAAUUGCUUGCACACCAAAUUAUGUGUAUGUGUGUGAUUCAUAUUCUGAUUUUCGAUGUGUGCACAAGUUCAAUCGACAAACUGGAAUUGAAAUUACAACCAUUCACCUUAACUCACCUUGUUAUGGAAUUGCUGUGGCUCGACAUGAGAAUCAAUUUUUUGUAAGCCAAGAGAUUGGAGAUGUUGUUUGUGUGGAAAUAUCAAAUGACCAUCAAUACUUUAUCACGAUUUGUUCUAAAGAGCCAAAUUGCAAAUCACAAUGUCAAGGAUUAGUGUACGAUCGAGCUUUAGACAUUGUUUUAGGGGUCAGUCCAAGCUUUAUCAUUAUAAAAAUUGAUGAGAAAAUGCUCACCGAGAAUCAAAGCAUGUUUUUCCAAAACGCUCACGGCCUAUGUCUGAACGAGUUGGAAGGAGAAUUGUACAUUUGUAAUUUAUAUGAUUCUGAUGGUAGUAGCACCAUGAUUGUGAAAUAG